GCCCAGGGCUUGCUCCCCUGGCUCGCGACUCCCCCCGGGCGCGGGCCCACCCAGCCAGCCGGGGAGGGCCUGGGGGGCCACCCCUCCCGCCCCUCCCGCCCCUCGCCGCUGCUGCUGCACUGCUCCUUCCGGAGCUGACCUGGGGCGGGGGCCGCCAGGCCUCGGUUAGGGGAGCAGACGGCCUCCUGGCGGACGAUCCCCGGGUUAGGGUCCUCCCGUUGGCUUCCUCCGCCGGGGCCCGCCGGACCUGCUCGGCCGCCGGGGGCACCCGCCCGGUCACGGUUAGGGGAGCAGACGGCCUCCUGGCAGACGAUCCCUCGGUUAGGGUCCUCCUGUCCUCCUGCCGGCUCCCUCCCGCGGGCGCCCGCCCAACCUGCUCGGCCGCGGGGGCCCCCACCCGGGGCUGCCGCUGCCACCGCUGCCCCCGUUGCCCCCGCUGCUGCCAGGCGCGCCCGGGCCCGCGUAACCCUUGCCCAACAUCGAAGCUCCAGAGGACGAGCUUACUCCAGGGGACGAGUAAACGUUGCUUAAAAUCCUCUUUGGGCAGGUGGCUCCAUUCCUGGGGUAAACUGUUCCAAAGAUUUGGCAAUUAACUUUCGAAAAGCUGAUGAUGAGCCUUUUUCCCCCCUCCGUGAUUACGUGUCUCUGCAGAAGCAGCCCGCCCGGCAGGAAUUUUUACUUUAUCGCAACAGUCUGGUGAAGUAGGUCAAGGGUUGCCUUUCACAACAGGGGACGUACAGAUCUUGAGAAAUUGCAAGGAAACUUCUUUUGCUAAAGUUUGGAAUGACUGGGCAAGGCUUUUGUAAAGCCGUCCCAUGGACUUGCGCCCCGCGCCCCGCCUUGCCCCUCCUUCAGAAGGACUGGGAAGGAGACACACACGUAGGCGGAGGGAGAAGCAGGGAGCUGGACGUGGGACAAGUUCCCGGAUUCUGGAAUCAUGCCCUGAGCCCAAGAUCGCAACCUGGUCUCAACCGCCCAGCCACCCAGGCUCCCCAGAGCUGGGAAAUGUUAAGUUGAUUUCAAAAUGUACCUGCUUGAUAGUGUCCGGAUUUGGGCAGAAGGACAAGUUCUUUUUUAAACAUUACAGGGGGAAAAAAAAGAAAAACAUUUCAGGGGAAAGCAAUAGAACAAAGGCCACGGAAGAGUGUUUUGGCCCUAGCGAACAGGAAAUGAGCAGGGCGCGGGUUAGUAAAAGGCCCUAAAACCCCGAAUUAUUUUCAUUUGUUGUUGACAUUUGAAAUUUACUUACACGAUGAGACGGUAAUGACAACAAAGAGAUGGAAUAUGUCACCGACAAACCCGGAUAAUCUAAAACUAAGACUGGGCUCUGGUGGGCUUGGCCUAGUUUAGAACUCCUUUGGAAAGGACUUUGAAAGAAAUGAAGAAAACCAUCAGAAAUGAAGACAGCAGCUUCAUGGCCUUUUAUUGACUGGAGUGGAGUUUUAUUACUGCAGUUUUUUGGAAUGACACUGUACAGAAGAAUGUCUGCUGAGGUCAUCCAUCAGGUCGAAGAGGCACUUGAUGAAGACGAGAAGGAAAUGCUUCUUUUUUUGUGCCGGGACAUUGCUGCAGAUGUUGCUCCACUUACUGUCAGAGACCUUCUGGAUAUUUUAAGUGAGAGAGGAAAGCUGUCUGCCAUGGGCUUGGCUGAGCUGCUCUACAGAGUGAGGCGGUUUGACUUGCUCAAGCGGAUUUUCAAGAUGGACAGAAAGGCAGUAGAGGCCCACCUGCUCAGGCACCCUCGCCUCAUUUCAGACUAUAGGGUGCUGAUGACAGAGAUUGGUGAUGAUUUAGACAAAUCUGAUGUGUCCUCAUUAAUAUUCCUCAUGAGGGAUCAUAUGGGUCGAAACAAAGUAGCCAAGGAUAAGAGUUUCCUAGAUCUUGUGAUCGAAUUAGAAAAACUAAAUCUGAUUGCUCCAGAUCAAUUGGAUUUACUAGAAAAAUGCCUGAAGAACAUCCACAGAAUAGACUUGAAGACAAAAAUCCAGAAAUACAAGCAGUCUGCUCAAGGAGCUGGAACAAAUUAUACAAAUGCACUCCAGGCAUCAUUCCCAAAUUUGAGUCUUAAGGAUCCUUCAUGUAACUUAAGGCUCCAGAAUGGAAGAAGUAAAGAACAAAUACUCAAUGUGGGACAACUUGACCUUCAACGAGAAUCAGUGAAGGCAUCCGUCCAGGAAUCAGGACCAUUUCUACCGAGGCACAUACCAGAGGAGAGAUACAGAAUGCAGAGCAAGCCCCUAGGAAUCUGUCUGAUAAUUGAUUGCAUUGGCAAUGACACAGAGUUUCUUCGGGACACCUUCACCUCCCUGGGCUACGAAGUCCAGUAUUUCUUAUAUCUGGAUGUGGACAGUAUAAUCCAGAUUCUUCGCCAAGUUGCCCGCAUGCCCCAACACCAAGACUACGACAGCUUUGUGUGUGUCCUGGUGAGCCGAGGUGGCUCCCAGAGUGUUUUUGGUGUGGAUCAUACAAACUCAGGGUUCCCUUUGGAUCAGGUCAGGAGGAUGUUCAUGGGAGAUGCAUGCCCUUUUCUCUUAGGGAAGCCAAAGCUCUUCUUUAUUCAGAACUAUGUGGUGUCAGAGGGCCAGAUGGACAGCAGCAGCUUCCUGGAGGUGGAUGGACCAGCAGUAAACAAUGUGGAAUCCAAAGCCAAGCAGCCUGGGCCCUGCACCAUUCACCGGGAAGCUGACUUCCUUUGGAGCCUGUGCAAGGCAGACGUGUCCCUUCUGGAACAGUCCUCUGGUUCUCCAUCAUUGUACCUGAAAUGCCUUUCCCAGAAACUGGGGCAAGACAGAAGACGCCCACUCUUGGAACUCCACACUGAACUCAACAGCAGCGUUUAUGAUUGGAAUAGCAGAGUGUCUGCUAAGGAGAGGUACUACGUCUGGCUGCAGCAUACUCUGAGAAAGAAACUUAUCCUCUCCUGUAAAUGAAUGGCCAAAAGCCUCUCUUAGCUUAGCUCUGUAGUCUUCAUUACUAAACUUUCCUAACCAAACUACCAGAAGUAAUUUUCAAGAUAUGUGGGUAAGAUGGGUCCUGUUAUGUAUUGAAAAGACCCUCUGUUAGGAAUGUUGUCAGGAAAGUUUGUUUUUUAAGUUUUUUUUUUAAAUUUUUAUUUAUUUAUGAUAGUCACACACACACAGAGAGAGAGAGAGAGAGAGAGGCAGAGACACAGGCAGAGGAAGAAGCAGGCUCCAUGCACCGGGAGCCUGACGUGGGAUUCGAUCCCGGGUCUCCAGGAUCGCGCCCUGGGCCAAAGGCAGGCGCUAAACCGCUGCGCCACCCAGGGAUCCCAGGAAAGUUUGUUUUUUUAAAAAGAUUUUAUUUAUUCAUGAGAGACACACAGAGAGAGAGAGAGAGAGAGAGAGAGAGAGAGAGAGGCAGAGACACAGGCAGAGGGAGAAGCAGGCUACCCAUGGGCAGCCCGAUGUGGGACUCGGUCCUGGGACCCUGGGAUCAUGCCCUGUGCCAAAGGCAGAUGCUCAACCACUGAGCCACCCAGGUGUCCCAAGAAGGUAUGACUCCUUGUCAAGUCCAAGAUUAAGGCGCUAGCAGAUCUGGUGUCUGAUGAGGACCAGGUUCUGGGUCUACUGAUGGCCAUCUUCUCACUGUGCCUUCACAUAGCAAAGAGCAGAGGGGGGAAGCAAGCUCCACCUUCAUGAGCUAAUUACUCCCAAAUGCUCUGUCUCCUAAUAUCAUCACAUUGAGGAUUAGGGUGUCAAGCUAUGAAUUUGCCCAGGGUCACAAACAUUGAGUCUGUAACUGGCCUUGUAAUUUGAAAUAUCUAGGACUCAAGUGAUAUUUUAUAGCAAUCACAUGUACUUUUCUUUCUUGGAUUUGAAGACCUAAAACCAGAUAAUUAUUUAAAAUAGCAUUUAAAGUUUUUAAAAAUUUAUUUAUUUUUAUAUUUUUUGACUUAAAAAAAGAUGUUAUUUAUUUAUUCAUGAGAGACACAUAGAGAGAGGCAAGAGAUGUAGGCAGAGGGAGAAGGAGGUUCCCCAUGGGGACCGCGAUGCAGGACUUGAUCCUAGGAACUCUGGGAUCAUGAUCUGAGUCAAAGGUGGAUGCUCAACCACAGAGCCACCCAGGUGCCUCUUGACUUGGUUUUAAAUGAUGUGUAUCUCUAUGCAUAAAUCCAAUAAAAUAUUAAAAAUGUUAACAGUCGUCCCAGACUGUCAAGUGUUCAGUAAUAAAUGUAUGGUUGUGACGAUAUCACUGGCUGGUAUUUUAUGUAACCAUUAAAAUUAUGUUUAUAAAUAAUAAGAGCUUACAUUGGGUUGUUAGCUCAUUACAUAAAUUACAUGAAGGAUUUUAUUCAAUCCCCCCUCAGAACAGCUCUAUGAGGUAGGUAUUAUUGUUCUCACUAUUUUUCUUCCAUUUUAUAGAUAGAGGAAAAUGGGCCAAGUAAUGUUAAGUAGCUUCCCUAUCAUCACCCCAUACUAGGAUAUAAACUCGGGCCAUAAAGAGAGACACUUUGGGGCCCAAGUGCUUAACCAAUUCACAAUAUGGCCUUAACAGAACAUCGUAGUGAGGAAAAAUGCUCAUAUAUUCAUGUUACCUGAAAAAGAGUACAAAAUAGUAUGUUUAUUACAAUUAUGCUUAAAAUAAAACAAAAAAUACUUCUCAGGAAAACAAAAGAUCAUUUUCCAAAGUGGCAUAUAGAUGGCAGGACUAUGACUGAUAUUUUCUCUUUCUUUUCUCCAAAUUCUCACCUAUAUCUGUCUAUAUAUUUCAGAAUAUUGGCUCCUGCCCUAAAGUUCUGGUAACUCCUUUCAACUUUUAAGCAGUUGGUUCUGUAUCACUAACAAAACUACCUUCCUCUUCUUACUUUUGUCCUCACUUCUCUGUCCCAUAUUUAGCCCCUUUUCAGACACAGGACCCCCGGACUCACUGCUGCUUUUCUGAGCCACUGGUCCAGAUGACUGACUAGUCAACCCCCAGUUGACCCUCACUUCUUCCCCUGUUCUAUCCCAUUCCCUGUUCUAUCCCAUUCCCCAAUUCUUUCAGUCCUCUUCCAUGAACAGGUCAUAGUAGGGGUCACCGGACACCUUCUUCUAUCUGCAGGGUUUGAUAUGAGAAUCUCUUCUUGCCCUCUGAGAUUUUAGGAGCAAGUUUUCAGGAUUAAGGAUGUUGUUUAUGCUACCAAGACUAACUAAAAUAACACUGUAUGUUAACUAUAUUGGAAUUAAAAUGUUAAAAAGGGAGUUGUUAAAAAAAAAAAAGGCAGUUGUUUCUGCCCUUCACCUUUUCAUCCCUUCCUCUAUCUUGCUGACUAGAACACGAAUGUGAUGGCUGGAGCCUUAAAUUCCAUCUUGAACUGUGGGAUAAUGGCCACACUGUAGGGCCAGCUAAGUGGUGAGCAGGAAGUAGCCUUCUUGGAUGAAUCUACCUACCUCCAGAUUUUUAUGUGAGAGAAAAAAAUUUAUACUUCUUUCCACCUACACAGUCCAACUGAUGCAUUAUUAUUUGAUUAAGAUGUUUAGAAUGUUUAUGCAUGUUAUAAGUUUAAAAAUUUAUCUAGAUGAUUUUAAUUUUCUAUUAUUGUUUAAAAAUAUGUAUGCAUUUAAAAUCUGAGCUACCUACAUGUUUUUUGUUUUUUUUUUAACCUACAUGUUUAAUAUGCAUCUAGGUUACUUCUGAGUUUUGACAUUGUGAAUAAGGGUGCGAUAAACAUUUGUAUGCUGAUUUCUUUGUGGAUAUAAGCUCAGCUCACUAGGCAAAUACCUAGGAGAACAAUUGUUGAAUUGAUGGUAAGCUUAUGUUUAACUCUGGAAGAAACACAGACUGUAUUCCCAAGAGGCUAUACCAUUUUGCAGAGUUCCUGUUGCUUCACAUCCUUGCCAGUAUUUGGUGGUUAAUGUUUUGGAUUUUAGCCAUUUUAAUAGAUGGGUAGUGAUAACACAUUUGAAUUUGCAGUUACCUAAUGGCAUCAUGGUGAGCAUUUGCUUAAAUCUGUGUAUCUUCUUUGUUGACACCCAUUUUUAAAGUGACUUAUUUCUUACUGGUGAAGGUUUUUAUUUUUAUUAUUAUUAUUUUUUUAAAGAUUUAGUUGAGAGAGAGAGAAAGAGAGUGAGCAGGGGGCAGGGCAUAGGGAAAUGGAGAAGAUCUUUAAGCAGACUCCCUACUGAGGCAGGAGAGUCUUGUUUGAUCUCAUGACCCUGAAAUCAUGACCUGAACCAAAACCAACAGUCAGACACUUAACCAACUGAGCUACUCAGACAUCCCUCUUACUGGUGAGUUUUAAAGAGUUCUUUGUAUAUUACAGAUGUAAGUCUUUUAUCAGAUAUAUUUUACAAAUAUUUUCUUCCAAAUGUGGUAGAAGUUUGUAAUUUUAAUGAAAUUCAACUUACAGAUGUUUUUUUUCCCCCCUGGAUUGUGCUUUUAGUGUGUAUCUAAGAAAUCAUCAGCAAACUGAGGAUCACCUACACUUUCUCCUAUGUUAUUUUCCUUAAAUAUUUUAUUUAUUUAUUUGUGAGAGAGAGAGAGAGCCCAUCAGGGGCAGAGGCAGAGGGGCAAGCAGACUCCCUACUGAGCAUGGAGCCCAACAUGGGGCCAGAUCCCAGGACCCUGAGAUUAUGACCUGAGCCAAAGGCAGAUACCUAACCAACUGAACCACCCAGGCGCCCCUCUUGCAUGUUAUUAUACAGAAGUUGUAGAGUUUUGCAUUUAAGUCUGUCAUCAUUUUGAGUUACUUUUUCUGAAAGAUGUAAGGUCUAUGUAUUAGUAUACACUCAAUAUUAGUACCAUAUUGGGAGUUUUAAAUAAAUGUAUUAUUUGUUUCCUUGUAUACAAAGCACAUAUUGUAACUUAAAAACAAAAUAAAAAUUACAUAUU